AAAUAAUUCGUGGUUGUUACACUGACUUAAAGUUGUCAAAUGAAUGGUGUCAAUCUCCUUUUCCCUCUUGCAAUGCUGUUUAGGAUAACACAAGUAGCUACAAGAAUUGUAUGCGUUGGUUUUCAGACCAAAUGUACUUAAAAUAGGGGUCUGUGAGGUGGUUGGUGGGGGGGAGGGGGUCGAAUUCGAUGUGGUUUGUUUACAUUGUAGCUUAAUAGUGUCGCGCGCAAUUAAAACAUUGAUAAAACUGUCUCAACGGUUCCGACCAAAGUUAAAGAACGUUUGUCGCUUAGACACAGCCCAUGUGGUUGUAAUGUCAAUAACACCAAAAUACGUUUCAGGACUUUUUGCGGAAGAGAAUGAGGAGAACAAUGAUAACAACAUUGUUAAUAAUAAUCAAAAAAUGUUCAUUGGAAUUAACAGUGUGCUGCUGCUCUGCGAACAAAACUGGAUGACAAUGCAUGACGUCAUCGCAAUUAUUGGACAAAGCAAAGGAAGGCUAUUGUAUUUUAUUAGUGUUGAGCACUCAGUUACUCAAACCGGGGUAAGUAAUUGAUCUGUGAGAGACUGAAAAAUCAUGACAUUUCAAUUAAUUUGCCUAUUUAUUGAGUUAUUCGACUUAUUUCCUUAGUAUGAGUUGAAAGGGUGCUGGGGCCGAGUCAAGUAUCGAAAAUUAUUGCGCAGAACAAAGAUAGCGCUGCAGUACGCGGAUUGCUUAAGAUAAAUUAUGCAAGUAGGGUGUUUGUCCUGGGUACCAGAGGUUUUUUCUCGCGCGCGGCGGACGGAAAUACUUUGCUUCGCUUCGGAGGGCAAAGGCCGCCGGUCCUAGCGAACCGCGCAAGAAAAACCUCUGGCACCCUGGGUAGUCUAUCCACAAAUACGAGUUAUAACGCGUCUGUUAAGCCCUGACCAUACUAUUGCGUUUUCGUUUGAAAACACAAACUUUUUGAGGCGUUUUGGCUGAUCAUCCACAUUAGAACGAGAGAGAACACUAAUGACAUCGGAAGCUUUCGGGAACAGUUUCAAAAGUGGAGCCUUUUGAAAACGCAUCGUUUUGAAAACCGUUUCUAGUGGGGAAAGGUGAAAACAGAGGCUUUUGAAAACGGUGCCAAAAAAGCGUCAUAUACUGUCCCUUCCAUCAGCGUUUUCGGGCCUUUAAGAGUGGGUGAUAGGCGAAAAAGGGGAGACAGUAUGCGUUUUCAAAUGAAAACGAAUUAGUUUGGACAAAAGAAAACAAAACGAAAACGUUAGUGCGGGCGAAAAUAUUUUGCUUCGAUUUCGUUGAGACGAAAACGCUUACUUUUAAAAACACAUUAGCCCUUAACAGGCCUUAAUUUCCCCAGCAUAACUGGCUGUCAACAGCCAGAGCAGGAAACAACUCGAGAGGUUGGGCAGGGAAAUUUAUACACAACACGCGAUCACCUGAGGCGCCCUCGAGACGGAAUCGCUAGCCAAGGAUCUUCAAGGGUGCAAAACAAAUUAAGUGUCUGAGUGCUCGCAGUGAUCAUUAACUAAACUCUGAUCUCGCGCUGCACAAAACAGCAAAACUCAGCAUGGGACCCACAUCAUGAAAGUAAUUUGUGAUAGCGAGGUGAAACAUCCCCAAGGCAAACAACAAGAGAUGUAGAUGCUUUGCAGGUAACUAAGUGGCCUCUCAGCCAAUCAAAAGAAAGCAAAAGCAUUUAUUCAUGAUCAAGUGAUAAUAAUUCUUAUUUAUCAAUGACAUAAUCGACGGUACAUCUCGUUAAUGUUAACACCUGCCUUGUUUCAAAUUAAACAUUUGUUUUCAGCAGUACAAUUCUCCUGAAAUUCAUCAACCGAUUGAGCUAGUGAUAACAUAAAGCUUAAUUAUUUUAAAUCGCACAGUUCAUUACAAAAGUCGUCAAUUAUGUUAUAACUCAAAACCACAAGCUACCGCAGGCUAUGGAAAUGUGGCGAUGUCUUAUUCAAAUUAUAUUGUUUUUGUAUUUUUGCUUUCCGGUCAAGAAUAUAGUGCCAGCAGCAAGUUUGACGUUGGAAUCAAGUUCGCAAACAAACUGUGAUACAGAAUUUUGUACAUAAACUACAGAGGUCGCGACUAGAUGAGGACACUUAGGACUCUGACUUUACAGCUCACACUGCUUUUGGCUGGUGUUGUCAGCUCAAGGACAAGCACACCGAGAUUAAGACCAUCAAAAGCUGAGGCAGGCUUUCAACUUGCAACUAGUGCAUCUGUGUCCACACUAAAAAUAAGGCCAUCUUCGGGUGACACAAGUUUCCAACGUACAAGUUCCUUUGCGUUCACACCAACAUUGCGUUCAUCGCCAAGUACCACAGAUUUCCAAACUGCCAGUUUAGUUGCAUCCACACUGACAUUGCGUCCAUCAUCAGGUGCCACAGACUGGCAACUUGCAAAUUUCUCUGCAUCUGUGCUGAGGUUCAGUCCAUCAUCGCGUACCACAGGAAUCCAGAUUUCAAGUUGUUCUACGCCUGAAAUUCCACCUGGCAUCACCGGCUCUGGGUAUACUCCACGCAACUAUUCACCAGCAGGUACUCCUCUGCCUCUCUUGGCUAAGAUUCUUAUUCCAGUGGCAGGAGUCCUGUUAAUUGUGCUCGUGAUGUUCACGUGGUAUUGCUGUGUACGAAAGAAGGAAAGUGGUGACAGAGACGACCUUAUGAUUGAAUCAACAGUGAUGGUAAAUUGGUUUACAGUCAUUUAUGCACAGAGAAAACGUUAAAAAAAAAAAAUAAAAAAAUCGACUACUCGAUGUCAAAAAAAAAAAAAACAAAAGAAAAAUUACUACUCAGGUCUGAAUCACGUGCACGUUGAAUCUGAAAAAGAAAAAGAAUCUAAAGAUUUGAAGCGUGUGCAGGUGAUAUGCCGUUAUGUGUUCACGGGGGGAUGAUAUACACGUGGGUUUUAAUCUGGGACGAGGGAAAAAGAAAGGAGGUCCACACAUUGAGUAAAUCUAAAGAGCCUACUUGUUUAUAGUAUGGUGUAUUAAAAGGGAACUUGGCAUGAGCCGCCUAUCCACAGGGGGGUAUGCGGAAUAUCCAUUUUCUUCCUUUACUCACAAAUUUUCUACUCUGAUAACUUCCGUUUCAUUGACUAACCCCUUUUCCGCUGGAAUGCGUGAACUAGAAAAAAUGACUUUGAAGGAAUCUUCACCACCUUUUCUCAUCAUAAACUAGCUUUGCUUCACUUCGAAAGAUGUUCAG